AUGCUAACUCUACCCGAGCUUGCUCUCAACUUUCUCCAAGCAUCCAUCUUCGAAAAGGAACCGAAACUUAACAGUGUCGCGAAACACUUGCAUUUACUUGACUUUGUAAGAAACUGUAUGCUUAGAUCAUGCGACCAAAGAGACCCCAAAGAGUUUACUUGGCACUUGAUUCCCUCUGUGACAGAGCUUUUGCAAGAUGGAGUCAAAUUUGAAUGCGGAAAAAAGGAUGACAUGUUCAACGUGACUUUCGAAAACGGAGUGAUGAAAAUUCCACCCAUAACAGUUCUUGGAGAAUCGCUCUUCAGAAACCUCGUUGCCUACGAACAGUGUGACCCAAAUAUCAUUAGCUCCAACAAUCCGUUUUCAUCUUAUGCUUUUCUCGUGGACAAUCUCAUCAACUCCAGCAAAGACGUAAACUUUCUGGUAGAGAAAAAGAUUAUGCGAUGCUUUAUGAGCCUGGAGGAGGCAGCCUCGUUCGCUAGGCUUAACAACAAUGAUUGUCUAACUACUUUCUCUUACGUGGACCUAUUUGAGAAUGUUACAAAAUAUCAUCAAGAUAAAUGGCACACAUGGGGAGAGCGUCUCAAACGUGACUAUUUUGGCAAUCCUUGGUCAGCUGUGUCAUUGGUCGCUGUGGUUGUGAUUCUUGGUCUCACGUUCAUACAAACCCUAUAUUCCAUUCUCUCUUACAAGUUCAAGUAG